CGAGGAGCGGGUUUGGCGCAGAUCAGAGGAUCCGGGUCUGUCUGUCGCGGAGUCGCAGGCGUGAGAGAACAGCGGCGGACUUCAGGACACCACCUGGAGAUUGUGUUUCUGUAAAAUCGAUCGAGGGUAAACCACAUCCAUCCACUGAGGACAGGGAACCAAUAUUUCAAUCACAGGCCUCAGUUUGGGGAACAUCUGAACUUCCCACUGAACUGAGUUCCCUCUGUCUAAAAGAUGUCGACCACAGCCGCGGACAACGCAGGCGGGAAGACCAGAGGUCCUAAAGGGUCAAAAGACCAUAAAAAGCCCACGACGGCUGCUCUGAAAGGUGCGAUCCAGCUGGGCAUCGGUUAUGCGGUGGGCAACCUGAGCUCCAAGCCGGACAGAGACGUGCUCAUGCAGGACUUCUCGGUGGUGGAGAGCGUCUUCCUACCCAGUGAGGGGAGUACCCUCACACCAGCCCACCACUUCCCAGAUUUCCAUCUGAAGAGCUACGCCCCGCUGGCCUUUCGCUACUUCAGGGAGCUGUUUGGCAUCAAACCAGAUGACUACCUGUACUCCAUCUAUAAAGACCCGCUGAUUGAGCUGUCCAAUCCCGGCGCCAGCAGUUCCUGGUUUUACCUCACCAGCGACGACGAGUUCAUCCUGAAGACGGUGCAGCGUAAAGAGGCGGAGUUCCUGCAGAAGCUGCUUCCUGGUUACUACAUGAACCUGAACCAGAACCCGAGGACGCUGCUGCCCAAAUUUUACGGCCUCUACUGCAUAACUUGUGGCAGUGUCAACAUCCGCGUGGUGGUCAUGAACAACGUCCUGCCGCGGACCCUGGGGAUGCACUACAAGUACGACCUGAAGGGGUCCACAUACAAACGCCGGGCCUCGCACAAAGAGCACGCGAAGCCCUCGCCCACCUUCAAAGACCUGGACUUCCAGGAGAUGCACGAGGGCCUGUACUUUGAUGCCGACACCUACAACGCCCUGAUGAAAACCCUGCAGAGAGACUGCCGGGUCCUGGAGAGCUUUAAGAUCAUGGAUUACAGUCUUUUACUGGGGAUUCAUGUUUUGGACAAGAAAAAAGUGGUCAGGGGAACCAGAGCAGACAGUCCGAGGGGGCAAAAGGUCCUCUACUCCACUGCCCUGGAGUCCAUCCAGGGGAACAUAAAGGGCCCUGAACCAGUGGAAGAUGAUGAAACGAUGGGAGGAAUUCCAGCAAAACAUAAGGACGAGAAGUUACUCAUCUUUUUAGGGAUCAUUGAUAUCCUUCAGUCUUACAGGUUCAUCAAGAAGGUGGAGCACUCCUGGAAAGCCCUGGUCCAUGAUGGGGACACGGUAUCGGUUCACAGGCCUAGUUUUUAUGCAGACAGGUUUUUGAAGUUCAUGGGCACAACUGUCUUCAAGAAGAUCCAACCUCUUAGAGGAGCAUCUUCGAAGAAGAAGAGGGGUUUGCUUUAUGCUGGAAAGGCAGCCUCGCAGGAGCUCCUGUCCCAGUCCAAAGAGGAGGAGAAGAAGGCCAAAAGCAUGGACAACUUGGAUGGGCAGUUGUUCACGUCCUCCAAACAUCCAGACCUGGUCCCGAGGCCUUCUGGUGUCCAGGGUGCGGUUUCUCUUGAUCCCAGCGUGUUGGACAGGGAGGACUAUGAAAACCGGGAGGAGCGGCGAGCCUCGAGCUCCACCGUAGCCCUGGACGAACCCCUGCCUGCCCUCGAGCGAAGCCGCUCAGACUCAGAACUGGACGUUUUCUUGUGAGGACCGAUGACCACAGGUGCCACUCCAGUCAACUGUGCCUUCAGAAGACAAUGGUUGUUAACCUUCCAACAACCAGCUUCAUAGAAAAAAAUGUAAAUGCAAAGCACUUUACCACUGCUCAUAGUUGGC